GCUGUUAUCAUUAGCAUUUCCUAGAGAGCACAUUAGUUCUCCCCUCUCUCUGAGAAUGGUGCCUGCCUUGGUACUGGUGGAUGGUAGUGAAUAGCACACUGCUAGUCUGCCUGGCCAGGCAGCUGGGUUGGACUUGUGUAGUGUACCCGAAUGUCACCAAAGGGUCAGAAAUGGUUACCACUGGUCACUUCCACACCACACCAACACAUUGACCAGGCAACCAACUAUCAAAGGACAACCAAGGACAUCAAACACAUGGACUACCAAACUGGAAUCCUAUGUUUGUAAUAAUAUCAGCCAACGAUUGUGAUCUGAACUUAACUGCUUUUAUACAUUUAACUGUUGAUGUACUGACCUACCACCACAGACUGGAACCAAAGCUUGGUAAGGUGGACUGGUGACCUAUGAGUUGUGUGACUGGAGGGGCUGAUAUCAGCUGAUAGACCCCCAGCUGGUCUGGUAAACAGCUGACUGGCUGAUCAGUAGCACUGGCAGGAGAGCUAGUAUCCAGUCUGUGACAACUGCUGGUCAGGGAUGUGUGGACCAGCGACACAUCAUACAGACAGUGUACAUAAAGUGUGGACAAUGUAGAUAAAAAAGUGUGAAAUUAUUUAUUUAUUUAUUUAAUUUAUUUAAUUUAUUCAAGUAUUUAUUGACAAACUACAGAGAUAGACUAUGACUUGUCUAGUUCAGAACACUUCAACACCAUCGGUUGGCGACUCCAGCAGUGGUUCAGGCUGGGCCCCCCUAUAUGGGGGAGGGACACACCUAGACCAGGAGGCCAUCCAGUACAUACACAAGUUUUACUGUAAGGACUGCCGAAUGGAGGAGGAGAAGGCCAAGGCAGCCGCAGCAGCCGCUGGGGGAGACAGUCCCCAGGGGGGCGGGGACACCUCUGACACACCCUCUGAACAGCCUAUAAGUCCGCAGGCCAUGCUAGAAGAGUUGUCAAUACAACAUAGCAUGGACAAAAACAAAGAGUCCCUGAAGCGCAAGCUGAUGAUGAGGCGGUCCGUAUCAGAGCUGGUGGAUCAGGGCAUUUAUCCUCCUCUGAAAACACCACCUGCGUUUGCGGAGCAGAGAAAGCAUCUAGAGCGGGCUAAGACUGGAGAUUUGUUACGACACAAAAUCAUACAUCGCCCUGAUCGACAGCUGCUGGUACAACAACAUAUACUAGAAGAUACAAAAAUAGACCCUUCUCUGCAUGAGCGACAACGUCUGUUGAAGCGUGCUCGACUUGCAGAUGAUCUCAAUGAAAAACUCCUUCACAGGCCAGGCCCACUGGAUCUUAUACGAGGAAACAUUCUAAAAACUGAAGAUGAUAUGCUCACAGACGCUAUCACAGAUGGAGUUGUGCAGUUACAAGUUCCAGACAACAAAGAUCCCAACUCGUAUCAUUUUGUGUUUGAUGAUGACAGUAGUGAGGGAGCUCCGUCUCCAUCCCACACCGAGGAGUCGGGGAUGUCCGACAUUGGGAGCCCUCCAGUGGUACCCCCAGCACCUGACCCACCACCGAUUCAACUCAAAACACGUCAGACAACUAUCGCAGCUCCCACGCUCACUAAGAUGUCACCUCUAAAUACUCAGUCCAUCGCUGUUCUCAGCAAUCCAAUUACGACCUUCUCUGGUUCUCUUUCUUCAUCUUCGUCGUCCAAGAAUGGAAACUCCGGUAAUGGUAUAAAUAAGGUCUCACGGCAAAAAAAGUCAAAACCAAAAACUUCUUCAAAGUCAAAAGUGAUAAAAUUUCAUGAAUACAAGGGACCGCCAAGUGCGUCUAAAUCACAAGUGACAUCACCAGUGACGGUGACAACAACUCCACAGAGUACCAUAACUUCCACCCCACCCACCUCAGACACACAGUACCAGUUGAUGCUUCAGCAGCAACAGAUGUUCCUACAGUGGCAGUUGGAGUUCCAACAAAAAAGCCUCCCAGUUCCUGUCACCCUUCUACCACAACCAAAGUUGGAGUCAGGUACUGCCGUGUCACAAAGCAUGGCAGGAAGUGUGGUCAUGACCUCAGCUGUCAAUAGCCCUCCCACAUUUGUAAGUAGCCCAACCACAGUGGUACAGGCUCAAGGUGUGGUACCGGCCCAAGGUGUGGUACCGGCCCAAGGUGUGGUGCCAGCCCAAGGGCUGCUGCCUCCUCAGAAUGUCGUACCUGCCCAAGGAAUGUUGCCCACCCCGACAGUGGUGCCAGCACAAGGCCUGGUACCAUCACAAGUUGCAACAACAGUAGUGUCAACAUCUUUACUCCAGGGACAGCCUUCCAAUGUUCCCCACACCAAUACUGUGAUAAAACAUCAAAUUCAACCCCAACCUGCUCAACUUCAAGCCAUGUCGCAGCCUCCGGUUCAAAAAGUGCAACAGGUUCAAGUGCAAAGUGGACAAUCUGUGGUGCAAAAACCUGUGUCACAAGUACGGACGCACACACACCCGGUAUCUCAAAAUCAUCACUCCAAAUCACAGAGCAAAUCGAAUCAUGUUGUGCAGAAACCAUUCUCUAACCUGGAGGACAUGAAAGUAGCUGAUCUUAAACUGGAACUAAAGAAAAGAAAUUUGCCAGUGUCUGGCCCGAAGCCUCAGUUGAUAGAAAGGUUAAAGCCUUAUGUUGAUGUGAUUAUUGGUGUGGCACAGGGAACCGUGAAUACUAGUGUGGCAAAUGAUAACUCAUUGUCUUUGGUGAAGAGACCCGUACCAACGAUAGUCAGUGUUAAGUCAGUUCCUCUUACGCCGCUGGAUGAGACUGUGUGUAUGCAGUCUCCUCCCUGCUCCCCAAAGACAGAACAAGUCAUUACAUCUACUCCACUUUCACCAGAAAUUAUGGACAUUGCUCAAUCAGCACUUAAUGCUCAGAAUAAGGGCAGACCACUGACAUUAAGUCAGUCAUCCAUUCCUAUGGCAGUGGACAAUUCUAGGCCUCCAUCAGUAGCCCCUAUGGACAUAACAAUGGAUACAGAUGCACCACUGGAUAUUCGCAGAUACUCUCCUACAAAUGUCAGUCAGACUGUCACCUCACCUGUGUCAGCAACUGUCACUUCACCCAAACCCCAAUCUCAGCCCCAACUCCAAACACAGCCCCAACCCCAACCCUCGCCCCAACCCCAGCCUCAGUCAGUCAAAGCAAACUCUCCUCCUGGGGCUGCACCUCAGAUCAGUAGUGAGAUCCUGCUGCAACAACAGCGCCGGAUAGCUCAGCUGCAAAAGGAGCUAGAAGAGUCACAGAUGAGGCUGAAGCUGCAACAGAUGCAACACCAACAUCUGCAACAACAGCAGCGGCAUUUACAACAACAGCAGACAACGCACCUCACACAACAGCCAGCCUCACCUCCUCAGCUAUCCCAGCAGCCAAACUCUCCAUCACAACAAGUGAUACAGCAGAUGGUUCAGCAACCGACCUCACCCCCUCAGUUUAUGCAACCAAGCCCACAACCAACCCCUCCUCCUCAGAUCCUACAUGCCAUGACCUCUCAACCCAACUCGCCCCCAUUGAUAUUACAACAGCCUCUCUCACCCCCUCAGUCAAUACAACAGCCUAUCUCCCCUCCCCAGCUAUUACAACAACCUAUCUCCCCUCCCCAGCUAUUACAACAGCCUAUCUCCCCUCCCCAAUUAAUACACCAGCCCCUAUCCCCACCACAGAUGCUUACAACAGUGACUUUAGGCGAUGGUAAGAUCUCGCCUAUACCUAACAGCAUGGGAAUGACCAAGCUGGUACAGAUCCCUAGUCAGUCACUGCAUUCUAUGAUUGGUAACCCACCCGUGCUGACAACAGCGCACGGUAUCCAGCUUGCCCAUCAUGGCAUUCCCACAGUUAUGGUUGCCACUAGUGCUGCAUCAGACAACAACAAACAAGGUGUCAAACCAAACCUCACAGAUUUCUUUAAAACACAGGCCCUGCAUCAGAGUCUCAACAUAGUCAAACCUGGGAAUCCUAGUUCUGGUGCCAUGUUCAAACAGCCAACUUUUCUUGUGACCUCUGGUGCCAAGACAAUAACAUUGACUGCUCCACUCAACGGACUGGCCACCACUAGAACGACCUCUCUACCAUCUUCUCCUGUUGAGGGCAAAAUGUCAUUGGGGAGGACAAUGUCCAAUCCAUUCUUUGUGCCACAGAAGGAACCUCCAAAGUAUGAUGAUGCUAUGAGGAGUAAACACCACUCACAUCAGGGGUCUGGAGUUGUAGCGACAGAGCUCAGUAAUGGUACAGUACCCAACAAAAUUCCAGUGAAAAGUCAGGCCAUGGACGAUGUUCUGGAGAUACUCAUCAGGACUGGUGAAUUGCCACCAAGUGCUGCACAGGAGCCUCCUCCAACCCCAAAGACAACUGUACAGACGGCAACCAUACCUACCAAUGUGUUGCCAGCCAGUGUCGCCAUGACAACCGCCACCGCCACCACUACCACCAUGUCAUACUCAGUAACCAGUCCAGAACAGUAUACAGGGUUCUCCUCUACAUUUACAGCAACAUCUUCAUUAGACUCUGCAGGAGAUGACAUCUCGGUGCUGCUCAAUAGUCCACAGCAAGUGUCGUCUCUGUGUGUGAAACAGGAGAGUUUGACUCCACCCCCUUUAAUGGUGAGCAACGUGAUGUCACCAGACACAAGCACUCACGAUCUACUGGAUAUUAAUGACUAUAUGUUGAACCAAGAUUUGAACUCGAUGGAUUGGACAUCUGACCAAGCAUUCACUCUAGACUUGAAUGACACAACUUCAAUGCAAAUGCAGACAGACCAAGAAAUGAAGUGUGAUGGAGUCAAUGAUUUUUUAAAUGUGCCAUUGUUACAGGGCGGCAAUAAAGGGGCACCCCACGGGUCUGAACCUGAUCUCACGGGGCUGGGACUGACAGACGCAGACAACUGUGCUAACGUCCAGAUGGAUGUGUCUGACUGGCUGGAUGUGAUCAUGCCCAGUACGGGACUGACCCCUCUCAGUGCUAACCCACCAGUGUCAUUCCCCUCUGACCCCAUCCUCACCCCCAAAACACAGCAGGAGGUGUUAGAAUUGUUCAACUUUGAUGAUACAGACUUUAACACUCCAACAGAUCUACACAGUGGUAUCAACUGGGAAAAACUAACAGAAACAACAGGCUCUAGUUAGUAAGGAGACUCGGGACCUGCUCUAAAUAUUCAGGAGUGUCCGGGCUGGCUUUAGAUAAUAAUUUGUGUCAAGAGCUGGCUCUAGAUAGUAAGUACUGCCAAGAUGGGAUGUCUGGGGCUGGCAGGAGGUGAGGAAUGUUGGAGCCAGCUCUAGAUAGAAAGUUAUGUCAGGGCUCCAGAUAUUGAGGAGAGUCUGCGACUGGACAAAAUUCUACAUGUUUAUGUUAUAUGAAGCUCAUAUUGAAACAAAAUUUCAACAAUGAAAUUUGAACAAGUUUUGAAUGUGGUGCUUAUAGCAAGUUUGGACCAAGACAUUCAAGUGAGACAGGUGCAGAAAUACAUUUUUUAAUCUUUUAUAUUGGAAAGGACAAGAUGGGGAAAGAUGUGUAACUUAUAAAUUGAAAACAAAGUGAGAAAAAAAACACUGCUUAUAAUCACAAUAUGGAUUGAUCAGUAUUUUUCAAACAUGUACAGAUGUGUGAAAAAAGAACCCUUUUGAUAUACAUACAAGUGGGACAUUAUGAGUAUUAUAAGCAUUUUUUUUAAACCAUGAAAAAAAAAAAAAUUGCAUAUUGAUAACUUAGCUAUUUGCAGUGCUGGUAUUGGUUUGUUGUCAGUGAUAUUGUAUACUUUUUAAAUUGCAUCGUUUCCUGUUUUUGUGAUUUAGAUAAUUUUGUGAGAAGAGACUUGUAGACUAUACACUGUAUAUGUUCACCACUACUAGUAGCACUAACACCAAAACUUUCUGGUUGAAUGUGUCCCCCAUGUUAAAAUUUUCUUCUCAUUUAUCAUCAGCCUGGAAGUCGCAGAGGCUCUGUCAUGUGUUGUGGGUCCAUUCAUAUCGGAAUGUUUAAUUUGCAUUGAUUGUCUUCUCUGUGACUGAGCCACUGCGACUAGCAGAUUCUUCAGAAAAACAUGUGUAUGUAUUUGUUUUAAUUUUUUGUUUCAUUUUUCAACUCAUUGCUGUGUUCGAAUGCAUUCCAUCCCAAGAGAAAACAUUUUCCUUAUUUCUCCUAAAUUAAAUUAUUUAUUAAUAACAAAUCCUUAUUUAUUAUUUAAUUAAAUCUUAUCCGCAAAGUGGAGCUACCAGAUGAGUAUGUAAUAUUGGGGACCAUUUUUCAUGCCAACAUGAACCAAGCAGUGUAAGCUUUUAUUUCCUGGAGCCGACCUAGUUACCAUGGCAGCCAUUUUGAUGAAAGCUAUCACAAACAUACCAUCUCGUAUCAGUAGCAUACAUGCCAGACAUCAUUAAAUAGUCUCUUACUGUGCUUUUUAUUAAAAAAAGUUUUAAUAAAAAAAUUGUUCAUUGCCCUCUUUAAAAUGAUUUUCAAACAAAUAUAUAUUUAUUUGAAGAAGUAAUUUUAAUUACAAAAUGGCUGCCAUAUUACCAAGUGUGAUUGGCUGCGACCAGACAUGUCAAGGGCACAGUAUCCAAGACCAUAUUUACAUGAGAAUUGCAUGCAUAUGUAUUUUUUAUAAGUAGGAGAAUGUGUAAACAUUCAUGCCUGGUUGAGAUUUAGGAUAGCUACUUCUGUUGGUGAGAGUGCGAAUGAUCUACGUUGUAUUUAUGUAGGCUCAGUGAAUGAAACUAUUAGGUUGACGAAUCUCAAAUAAAAUUCAUAGGUAAGCACUAGGUCUUAAGAUUUUUCUCAUACAUUCCCCAUUCCCUGGUACUGCCACUUUGCAUCCAUUACCAUGGCAAUUGUAACCACCUGCCAAUCACAGGGCACAUCAUCACUUGUCUUAACUACACUCCAGGCAGGCUUCUUGCUCCACACAAAUUUCACUGUGGCAUAAUUCUUCAGAGUAAUUUUCAUUUUACAAUUCUAGAAUAAGUAUAAGUGUUGGAGAUCAAUGUUGAAUAAGUAUUUUAUAAGUAUAGGUAUCAUUAUGUGUACCAGAGAUGAAUUUAGGUAAUGUUUAAAGCUGAGUUUUGCUUGUUGCCCAUCAUAUGUUGGUAAUCUAGGCCCAACACCACACAAUUGACUGACUCACUUAUGAAUUUCUCUUCAGUUCACUUUUUGAAGGACACUUUUUGGUGAUCCCAUUGCUAAAAUAUAUACAUGUAUGUUUGAUUAAUGGAAACUAUUUUUUUUUUUUUUUUUUUUUACAUAUAUCACUAUUUUUUUUCUUAUUACAAUAUGAAUGAUAAAGUAAGACAGGUUGAACAUUUCACACCCUGUGGUACAAACUGUAUCGCCAGUACGGCGCUUCCAUGAUUUUCAAAGCCUAGGUGCGAGAGGUGUGUCAGUGGAGUGGUGUGGUGUUCGAUUCUUAAUAGUUACGAGGUACACAAUUCUGCUGACCAUAUCAGCACAUUCAUUGAACAAUCACACAGCACUUUUUAAUAUGUUUCCUUUUAAUAUAGGAAACUUUUACAGAUUUCCUUGUAACAAUAAACUUAUGUAUUAAAAAUUUACCGUCUUUCCUUCCGAGAUAUCCAAUUUGACGGUGAAGGUUUAUUUUACCAAGUUGACAGCUGAUAUUAUAGUGUUAGAAAUAGAAUUAGGUAACAAACAUCAGUAAACUUUGAUUGUGAAUUAAUUUGAUUACAUCUUGUUGUUCACAUCACCAAUACAAUUUUACAGUUUUAUGUUCGUAUGAAAUUGGGGCAUUUGAGAUUUUAAAGAUAAAUUUUUCGUUUGAAAUCCAAAGAUGAUUGUGUAUGUGUUAUAUAUAGUUACUACUUGUGUAAUAUAGGUGUUUACUACAUGGUAUAUACUCCUAGGCACGUACCCCUUUAUAUGUAAUACAGGUUAUUGUAUAUACUUGCUACAUCACAGCCAGGUGAUCAUAGAACAAAUAACAGUUCUUCAGUGAAGAUCAUGAUGGUUUUCUUAGAGUCAGUCAGUUUGGUAUAAAGUCAGUCAGUUCCAAGCUACAAAAUGAGAUUUGUUUGGUCUUUUUGAUGGUCCAUAGGUUUAUUUUUGACCUUAUGUCCUAAGAUGAUGUUUUUCUGUAAAUUAGAAGGCUCUGAAGAUUGUUUUCGCCCUACAAAAGAUCCAGAGGUGGGGGUUUUAAAGUGGGUUUUUUUACCUUUGAAAGAUCCUAUGGAUUAUUUGGAACUAACAAGGUUUGUUUUGGACAUUUAAAAAGCUCUGAAGUUUCUGUGAAGGUUCUGAGAUUUCGUUUAGAUCUUAAGUAGACCCUGAAAUUUCUUUUAGUCUCUUACCAGGCUCUGAGGUCUGUUUUGGACUCUUUACCAGGCUCUGAGACUUAUUUUAGACACUUUAAAGGCUCUAGACUUAUUUUUGACACUUUGAAGGCUCUGAGGUUGUUUUUUUUUACCUGUAGACAGCUCUGAUGUUUGUUUUGGAUCUUAAGAAAGCUCAGACUUUAAUUAUGGAACUUCAAAAGGCUGAGAUUUAUUCUGGACACUGGACUUUUAGAAGGCUCAGAUGUUUUUUAUAGACCUAACGAAUCCUUCAAGGUACAUGUUGAAGUAAUUUUAUCUACUGUAAAAUCUUUUUCUUUCACAUGUUAGCGGGUGUUCACAUGUUAGCAGUGUUUACAUGUUAGCAGGUGUUCACAUGUUAGCAGUGUUCACAUGUUAGCAGGUGUUCACAUGUUAUCAGUGUUCACAUGUUAGCUGGUGUUCACAUGUUAGCAGUGUUCACAUGCUAGCAGGUGUUUACAUGUUAGCAGUGUUCACAUGUUAGCAGGUAUUCACAUGUUAGCAGGUGUUCACAUGUUCACAUGUUAGCAGGUAAUUACAUGUUAGCAGUGUUCACAUGUUAGCAGGUGUUCACAUGUUAGCAGGUGUUCACAUGUUAGCAGGUGUUUACAUGUUAGCAGGUGUUCACAUGUUCACAUGUUAGCAGGCGUUUACAUGUUAGCAGUGUUCACAGGUUCACAUGUUAGCAGGGUUCACAGGUUCACAUGUUAGCAGUGUUCACAGGUUCACAUGUUAGCAGGUGUUCACAUGGUCACAUGUUAGCAGGUGAAAUAAAAGAAAAUUUAGCUGGUUAAGUUUAUUGUUAACACCAUUUUAUCAAUACCUACUAAAGGGAAUUUUAAACCAAGUGAAUUUAUGUUUUAAAGUUUGAAAAGAAAGCUUUUCUACUAGUAACUAUGAGACACACGGAGUUCCAUACAGGUGUUAGCUACAGUGCUUUAGACACUGUGAUCAGCUAGCCUUGUAUCAAAUUUGUUAGCCAUUCACAUGAGUUUAAAUAUGCAAAAUAUUUGACUCCCUUUAUUUAAAAUUACUUGAUUUUUUUUACUCUUAAGUGGAGAUUAUUGUCUUUCAAAAUUGCGUGAUAUUUGGAUAUUUUUGUAAAAUAGUUGGAGAAAUUGAUAGUACUCACUGAAACACCAAAGAAACCAAUACUAGAUUGUAAUAGUAUGAGGAUAGAGGAUUCUUGCCAAUUUUUGUUAGUGAUUGGAAAACAAUGAUGUUCAUCUGUUUCUUGUUAAAAAAAACAUAGGUUUGUAAAGGAGUGAAAUAGUUAAAUUUUGUGUAUAAAUGUACAAAGUAGUUAAUUGAGUUAAAUGAAUCUAAAAAUGCACAGUGAUGCUUUUUCUUGACUUACCUUUACCUGUAAAUCUAUGACCUUCCUCGCUAUGUGUAUAACUACUUCUGUGUAAUCUCAAAGCUAGGCAUCUUUAUGCUAAUGUAGCGUCCAGCAAAAUCUUCUAUAUUGCAUGUUUUAUGAGGAUUAAAUAAUCUUACUCAGGGAGGCUGUUUAAAUGAAUUUGAUGUACAGUAUCCACUUUAUUUAAAAAAAAUAUAUAGUGAAGACUCUAAACGAAUGUUAGAUUUUAAAGAUGGUAAAAGUAAGAAAAUAAUUUUGAAAUAAGUUUGGGUAAGGGAAAAUUAAGGUUAAUUAUUUAUCAAGUACUAUGUUAGCAGGUAGAUAUAUGCACAUGUAAACACUGGAAUAAUGUUGCAUAACGGCUGGAGAUGUUGAUUAAAACUCUGGUUAAGGUUUUAUCUGGCCUGUAACCUGUGAUGUCCAUUGUUUAUACCCUGUAUCAAUACUGGGGUAGCAGGAAGGUCAUAUACUCUUAUAUCUAGUCACACUGACCAAAUCCUAUGUUUUCUUUUUAAGUGACCACUGGUCAACUCUGCUCUGUUUGCUCACAUAUUGUUAAGAGGAUGUGACCAUUUAGCUGUUUUUACAAUAUGUUGUAUGUGCCUUAUAAGCAUCUGUUGCAUUGGACAUAUCUGUUGUAGUUUGUGAUUUCGUUAUUUUGUUCAUUGAUUUCAUUGUUAAUUAAAUAUGUACCUUUUUGAGAAAGCAAACGAGCUGAAAUGUAUGAAAUUCCCUGAAGGACAAACAAUGUUUUUCUUUCUAUAUAUGUUUUCAUUUUUCGUCACUUCACUAAUGACUUGCUGAUUACCACAACCCAGCCAUAUAUGUACAUGUAUUUAACAAGUGCAUAUCACUUGUGUAGAUAUAAUGACACAAACAUAAACAGCUUGUAACAUAUAAACUAGGAGCUCAAUAUUGGCUUGGCCUUGGUUUCUCGAUCAGGUACAUACACAUUUAUGAAAUAUGUCACAUGUCUGUCAUGUGACCGUGAGAGUAUAGUGAUUACAGAAGUAUUUAUUGUUUACGUUUUUCUCUCCAUAUAUUUGUGGUCAUAUCAUUGGUACUUGAUUGGUUUGUACUACGUCACAGACAUUUCUAUUCCCCCAUGUGCAUGCACUGUGUCUUAUAUAUAAGCUGUAUGGUUGAAUAUAUUUUCUUAUGAAAAGUAAUAUAUUAUUUGAGACAAUGAUUGUGGUAGAAGUAGAUGUAUAUUGUUGUGUAAUCCUAUGUUACACACAGUUCUAUAUAAAACCACCAAAUCAUACAAAUUUGCAGUGUGCUUCAGCUAUUUCUUGCUGUUUUUCUCCCCCCUAUAUUACGACCCUUUACCUGUGUGAGCCAACAUACUCCGUUUGGUUAGUCUGUCUGAUAGUGCUGGGCAGUACUCGUUUAUAAAAUCUCUCUUAUAACAUUAAUUAAGAGUAUAUAUAUAUAUAACUGUUGAAUCCUAAAAACACCCUAUACAUGAGACAUAUAUACUUAACAGAAUGUGAUAACAGGCUUAUAAAAUUCUAUUGCCCUCAUACCAUGUUUGUGCAAAUAUUUAUUUUUUUCCUACAUGGCUAAACAGUUACUGUUCAGGAUAAAAAAGGUACAGUUUGUUCUAAUGUGCUAUACCUACCCUGUAUAGCUAAUGUGCUAUACCUACCCUGUAUAGCUCAUGUGCUAUACCUACCCCGUGUAGCUAAUGUGCUAUACCUACCCUGUAUAGCUCAUGUGCUAUACCUACCCCGUGUAGCUAAUGUGCUAUACCUACCCUGUAUAGCUCAUGUGCUAUACCUACCCCGUGUAGCUAAUGUGCUAUACCUACCCUGUAUAGCUCAUGUGCUAUACCUACCCCGUGUAGCUCAUGUGCUAUACCUACCCUGUAUAGCUAGUGUGCUAUACCUACCCUGUAUAGCUAGUGUGCUAUACCUACCCUGUAUAGCUAAUGUGCUAUACCUACCCCGUGUAGCUAAUAUGCUAUACCUACCCUGUAUAGCUCAUGUGCUAUACUUACCCCGUGAAGCUAAUGUGCUAUACCUACCCUGUAUAGCUCAUGCGGUAUACCUACCCGUGUAGCUAAUGUGCUAUACCUACCCUGUAUAACUCAUGUGCUAUUAUACCUACCCCGUGUAGCUAAUGGCUACUAUAUAAUACAUCUCUUAAUAUAAUUAUCUGGCAAUGCUGGAAUCGCCCACAGUCACAUACGUUUUUUUUAUUUUAUCUGAUUUUUCCUAAUCUCUAGAACAACUUCAAUUACUUGUUUGUUUCCCUUUUAAAGUCAAAUACAUUCUGUAAUGAAGACAAAUUUUUGAGUCUUAAAUUUGUUCAUUUAUCCUGAUUCUAUUUAGAAAGAACAAGUUCUAUUUUGAUCAUUAGCUGUCCUUAAAAUUACCAAUACAUGGUAGGGAAAUAAACUGAUCAUAGGACACCAUGUAUGCUAGGUUAGGUUUUCACACACAUAGACUGGUGGGGAGGAGGGAAUCCCUUACUCAGUCUGGGCCCCUCACUUGUACAAUAUUAUGUGUCAUAUGACAUUCCACAAAUCAUUUAUCUACUUUUUCAUUUCAGAAAAUCAUUUCUAUAUAGACUAACCUGUGUUCUAACAGAAUAUCCUUGGCUGUAACCUCUUACAGUUCUGUUUGUAAAACAAUCUUGCUUCCUGAUUGUUAAUAAAUAUUACUUUUAGAUACAGAAAUACAAAUGUCUCAAGACUUUUCUGUAUCAUUAUUUUUCUGCUUUUUGUCAAUAACAUGUGCCAAAUGUUACUGUUACACUGUUUUGUAUGUUAAUAUCAAGAACAUUGAACACAUGUUUGAGAUUACUGCUAUGGAUAGUUGCUGAUAGGGAGAUAUAAGCAGCAUAUCUUAAAGGCAUUGUUUCUGGGCCUGCUUUUUAACUGAUACAUAAGCAACUUUAAUAUCAGAGAAAAAAUCAUCUUUUAAAUCUUUUUCUGAAUCAGAUUUAUAAAUGAUGAUGAUUAGGAAAGGUUAUUUCCCUUUCAAGUGAAAUCUUUAAGGUAGCAUUUGUAGAUACAUGUAGUAGAUAGAAUUAAAAUACAGUUGACUGAAUUACAAACCACCUAUAUAAUGAUGUUCAGGUAUCUCACCAAGGAAAUAGGCUGUAUGUUACACGAUCAAUGCACAUCAAAUUCUGAACAUAAUGUAUACAUCAGGUAAUCACAGUAUUAGUAUAAGUCUGUAUUUACUGUGUAUGAACCAGACAUUGUUGGUAUCGUUUACUCUGGCCGUACCAGUUAUUAUUGAUAUACUAGACAUUACUAGAAAAUGUUGAUUGCUGUAUAUCUUAGACAGGUGUGAUGUUAGGAAAUGGAUAGCUGUUAUUUGUUAUAAUUAUUUGAAAGUAAGGGUUUAGGGUGUGAUGUGCAUUUAUUGGAAAUAUACAGAACAGUUCUAGUUUGAGAACCAUACAUCGGGGUCUACUAUACUAAACAUUAAACAGGUCUAAUGUUAUGAUCGCAUUUGGAGUAUAAAGGUAAACCUAUGAAUUAAUAUCACCUACAUAUGAAAUCACUGUGAGACCAUGUACAGUAUAAGUAGUCAACCGUUUCAUGUACAUGCUGAUUAGUUAUGACACAAUGAUUUAUGAUUCCAGUGUUUGAUAUGGUAUUGUGUUGUCUCUUGAUGAUCAUCUCACAACAAUGUAACACCUAUUUGUACACUCAGUGAUGCUGUCCUACAACAUAUCAGUCAUUUCUUUAUGCAUAAUACGAUUAUCACGUUUCAUUUUAACAGCAGGUAGGGAACAUAUGGAAUCUCGCCUCACAGCUGAAAUAUCAAACACAAAUUCAUGUAUUUUUACUCCAAAAAUUAAUAUAGAUAUCAAAUUUUAUCAUUUUUUCUUGUAACCCGACCAAUACUGUAUCCCAGCCACUUUAUGCCCCAGGCUUGGCCCUCUGCUGCCCUAGUCUGUGUGGCCUACAGCCCCAGCAGGUCUUCUGUAUAUAUACAUUGACAGCUCUGUACAUGCUUGAUACCACAUGGAUCAUUAGACCCAACUAAUAAAGGAGAGCUUGAUGUUACUCUUA